AUGGGUGCCGCUUGUGGGAGGUGGGAGCUGCUCAGCCUCUGGUGUGGCAUCUGGCUGUGGGUGAGCGCAGCUGAGCCAAGCCCUCCGACGCCCACGGGGCAGAGCCCCCUGCAGCUCCGGCUGGCAGGCUACCCCCGCAAGCACAACGAGGGGCGCAUCGAGGUCUUCUACAACCAAGAGUGGGGCACCAUCUGUGACGACGACUUCACCCUGGCCAAUGCCCACGUUCUCUGCCGCCACCUGGGCUUUGUCGCUGCCACCGGCUGGACCCACAGUGCCAAAUAUGGCAAAGGCUCCGGGCGUAUCUGGCUGGACAACCUGAGCUGUGGUGGGGGCGAGAAGAGCGUGUUGGACUGCCGCUCACGGGGCUGGGGCAACAGCGACUGUUCCCACGAGGAAGAUGCCGGCGUCAUCUGCAAGGACGAGCGCAUCCCUGGCUUUGUCGCUUCCAAUGUGAUUGAGACAGAGCAGAACCAGGUGGAAGAGCUCCGGCUGCGCCCAGUUGUCUCCCACGCCAAGCGGCCGCUGCCGGUGACAGAGGGCAUCGUGGAAGUCCGCUACAAAAACAGCUGGGCCCAGAUUUGUGACGAGAGCUGGAGCAGCCAGAACAGCCGGGUCGUCUGUGGCAUGCUGGGCUUCCCUGCUGAGAAGAAAGUCAACCGGAAUUUCUACCGGCUCUCCACGCAGCGACACCCCCCCAGCUACCGGCUGCACUCGGUCUCCUGCCUGGGGAACGAGGUCCACCUCUCUCUCUGCUCCUUCGAGUUCUACCGCAGCAACGCCACCGGGGUGUGCAAGGGCGGGAUGCCGGCAGUGGUGGGCUGCGUCCCCGGGCCCCUCUUUAUGGCAAGUGGCGGCCAGAAGAAGAAGCGGCAGCAGAAGCAGCAGCCUGGGCAGAUGCGCCUCCGGCUGAAGGGCGGGGCCAGGGCCGGCGAAGGGCGGGUGGAGGUGCUCCGGCACAGCGAAUGGGGCACCAUCUGUGACGACCGCUGGAACCUGGUGUCGGCCAGCGUAGUUUGCCGGGAGCUGGGCUUUGGCAGUGCCAAGGAGGCCCUGACAGGGGCACGCAUGGGCCAAGGAAUGGGCCCCAUCCACAUGAACGAGGUGCGCUGCACAGGCUCCGAGAAGUCACUGUGGAGCUGCCCACACAAGAACCUCACCCAGGAGGGCUGCAAGCACUCGGAGGAUGCCGGCGUCCGCUGCAACGUCCCCUACAUGGGCUACGAGACCACGAUCCGCCUGAGCGGGGGCCGCAGCCGCUUUGAGGGGCGGGUGGAGGUGGCGCUGGGGGCUGGGAGCAGCAGCAGCCCCUCCCAGUGGGGCCUGGUUUGUGGCGAGGGCUGGGGGGCUCUGGAGGCCCUGGUGGUGUGCCGGCAGCUGGGCCUGGGGUUUGCCAGCCAAGGCUUGCAAGAAACGUGGUACUGGGACGCCAGCAACGUGACAGAGAUGGUGCUGAGUGGCGUGAAGUGCACGGGGCAAGAGAUGACGCUGGGGCACUGCCCGCACCACGACACCCUUAACUGCCAGAAGAGAGGGGCCCGCUUCGCUGCAGGGGUCAUCUGUUCUGAGACUGCCUCAGACUUGCUGCUCCACGCCCCGUUGGUGCAAGAGACGGCCUACAUUGAGGACCGCCCUCUGCACAUGCUCUACUGUGCGGCAGAGGAAAACUGCUUGUCGAGCAGCGCCCGUAAUGCCAACUGGCCCUAUGGGCACCGGCGCCUCCUGCGUUUCUCCUCUCAAAUCCACAACAACGGCCGGGCAGACUUCCGCCCCAAGGCUGGGCGCCACUCUUGGGUGUGGCACGAAUGCCACGGGCACUACCACAGCAUGGACAUUUUCACCCACUAUGACCUCCUCACCCCCAAUGGCACCAAGGUGGCCGAGGGGCACAAGGCCAGCUUCUGCUUGGAAGACACGGAGUGCCAGGAGGAUGUGGGCAAGCGGUACGAGUGUGCCAACUUUGGAGAGCAGGGCAUCACUGUGGGCUGCUGGGACCUCUAUCGACACGACAUCGACUGCCAGUGGAUCGACAUCACAGACGUCCGGCCCGGGAACUACAUUCUGCAGGUGGUGAUCAACCCCCGCUACGAGGUGGCCGAGAGCGACUUCACCAACAACGCCAUGAAGUGCAACUGCAAAUAUGACGGGCACCGCAUCUGGGUCCACAGCUGCCACAUAGGAGACGCUCUCAGCGAGGAGGCGAGCAGGCGCUUUGAACAGUAUCCCGGACAGCUGAACAACCAAGUUGUGUAGCCACACCUUCCGCUCGCCCCUGCGCCAGCUGCACCCAGUGGGGCGGGGAGGAUGGCGCUCUGGCCCAGCUCCCUGCUGCCCACUCGCCAGCAGCGGAUCCAGCACAGCCCCAGAGGAGGAGGAGCAGCAGCACAGCACGGGGGCCAGGCAGCCACUCCAUAAGCAGGCUGGCACUCGACUGCAAGGGCCCAGCUCUGGAGCCCCUGCCUGGCACCCUCCUGCCCCCCCAGGAGUGGGGUGGCCCCUCCCGGCCAGGACUGUCUCCCAUAUAAAGUGUUGGGUUUGCCCCCA